AUGUCGAGGGGGCGCUCGGAUGGAGCACAAAAGAAGCGGUUGUUGACUUCUCUGUGUGUUGUAGCUGUAUUUAUCAUUUUUCUGUAUGUCUACUUUGGCUCUAAAAAUACUGGAGAGUCUGCUUUAGAGUAUGGCAGCCGGUCUUUGAGAAAACUUGGGUCUUCUUACUUGGGUGGCGAUGAAGAUUCCGACAAGCAAGAUGAAUCUUCAGUCAAGUUUGGACUUGAUGACAAUGGGGAUGGUUUCACCCCGAGGAGCUUCCCUGUCUGUGAUGAUCGCCAUUCAGAGUUAAUUCCCUGCCUGGACAGACAUCUAAUCUAUCAAAUGAGAUUGAAGUUGGAUUUGUCCCUUAUGGAGCACUAUGAAAGACACUGCCCGCCACCUGAAAGGCGAUUCAAUUGUUUGAUUCCUCCUCCUCCAGGAUACAAGAUUCCGAUCAAGUGGCCGAAGAGCAGAGAUGAAGUCUGGAAAGCAAACAUUCCUCACACUCACCUGGCGCACGAGAAAUCUGACCAGAAUUGGAUGGUUGUCAGAGGAGAAAAGAUCCAUUUUCCUGGAGGAGGCACUCAUUUUCACUACGGAGCAGAUAAAUACAUAGCCUCCAUUGCAAAUAUGCUCAACUUUUCGAACAAUAACUUGAACAACGAGGGCAGGCUGCGCACGGUUUUCGAUGUUGGGUGUGGUGUCGCCAGCUUUGGCGGCUAUCUUCUCUCGUCCGACAUAAUUGCAAUGUCUCUAGCACCAAACGAUGUUCACCAGAACCAGAUUCAGUUCGCAUUAGAGAGAGGAAUCCCUGCCUACCUUGGUGUUCUAGGUACCAAACGGCUGCCUUAUCCCAGCCGGUCCUUCGAACUUGCCCACUGUUCGCGUUGUAGGAUUGAUUGGCUCCAGAGGGAUGGGAUUCUCCUUCUUGAGCUCGACAGGCUUCUUAGGCCCGGGGGUUAUUUUGCAUACUCAUCUCCAGAAGCAUAUGCACAGGAUGAGGAGGAUCUGAGAAUAUGGAAAGAGAUGAGUGCGCUCGUCGAGCGCAUGUGCUGGAGGAUUGCGUCUAAGAGAAAUCAGACCGUGAUUUGGCAAAAACCUCUGACUAAUGAUUGUUAUUUGGCGAGGGAGCCCGGGACUCGGCCGCCUCUUUGCCGAUCGGACGACGAUCCAGAUGCGGCUUGGGGGGUGAAUAUGGAAGCGUGCAUCACGCCUUAUUCGGAUCAUGACCACCAAACGGGAGGCAGUGGGCUGGCACCUUGGCCAGCACGAUUAACUUCUCCUCCCCCACGGCUUGCUGAUUUUGGUUAUUCAACUGACAUGUUUGAGAAAGACAUGGAACUGUGGAGGCAGAGAGUUGACAGUUACUGGAGUCUCUUGAGUCCGAAAAUCUCAUCCGAUACAAUACGAAACAUAAUGGAUAUGAAGGCAAAUUUGGGUUCGUUUGCUGCUGCCCUGAAAGACAAGGAUGUUUGGGUGAUGAACGUUGUGCCUGAAGACGGGCCCAAAACCCUCAAAAUUGUCUACGAUCGAGGCUUGAUUGGCUCGGUUCACAACUGGUGUGAAGCCUAUUCUACAUACCCGAGGACUUAUGACUUGCUUCAUGCAUGGACUGUAUUUUCCGACAUAGAGAAGAAAGGCUGCAGUGGUGAGGACCUACUUCUCGAGAUGGACCGAAUUCUUAGGCCCACGGGCUUUGUUAUCAUUCGGGAUAAACAAUCGGUUGUGGAUUUCGUCAAGAAGUAUUUGACUGCAUUGCACUGGGAAGCAAUUGCAACUGCCGAUUCGAGCUCGGAUAAUGUCCAGGAUGGAGAUGAGAUCGUGUUCGUGGCCCAAAAGAAGCUCUGGUUGACGAGCGAAAGCAUUCGAGAUGCAGAUUAUAUCUUCACUCGCCAAUCAACAGGUCUCUGGAUUCAAACUUCUGCGUCAAUGAGUUGGUUCCCAUCAAAUGCUUCGAGGAAUGAGGAUGUGGCAGUGUAA